AUGUCACUCGUCAUCCCCGAUAAGUUUCAACAUAUUCUUCGUAUCAUGAAUACGAACAUAGAUGGAAAACGUAAAGUUAUGUUUGCAAUGACUGCGAUCAAAGGAGUUGGUCGCAGAUACUCCAACAUUGUAUUGAAAAAGGCAGAUAUCGACCUCGACAAACGUGCUGGUGAAUGCACCGAAGAAGAGGUUGAAAAAAUUAUUACUAUUAUGUCGAACCCCAGGCAAUAUAAAAUUCCAGACUGGUUCUUGAACAGGCAAAAGGAUAUUGUUGAUGGUAAAUACAGUCAACUUACUUCCUCCAACUUGGACUCCAAGCUUCGUGAUGAUUUGGAGAGACUAAAGAAGAUCCGUGCUCACAGGGGUAUGCGUCACUAUUGGGGCCUGCGUGUCCGUGGUCAACACACAAAGACCACUGGCAGACGUGGUAGAACUGUGGGUGUAUCUAAGAAGAAGUAA